AUGCGUGAUGAAAUAGACGAAAAGCCAUCAAAAAUUACUGUACUGAACGAUACUAAAGAUUUACCUAAAACUGGACGUGUUUGGUGCGAUGGAUGCUUUGAUACGGUUCAUUAUGGUCAUGCUAACCAGUUACGGCAAGCUAAGCAAUUUGGAAAUUGCUUAAUUGCCGGUGUUCAUACAGAUGCUGAAAUUGAGCUCUAUAAAGGUCCACCAGUUUUUACGCAAGAAGAGCGAUAC